AUACGAAACUCAGUGCUGGACUGCUUUGGUGUGAUGAUGAUCAUAAUCGCUAUUGAACACAGCAUUUUACAUAGAAGAAUCGCCAUUAAAAUACUUCUACUUUUUGGCUGUUCUCAUUAUCGAUUAAGUUUCCUUCUGUUCUUCAGCACAAUGGUGCUGUCCAUGUGGUGUACGAAUUCGAUAGCAUGUGGCCUUAUGAUGCCGUUGGUGAAAGCUAUUCUAAAGGAGCUGGAACAUAGACCAACUGAUUUUACGAUAUUUUAUUUCCUCGGAAUUGCAUACUCAUCUUCUAUUGGUGGAAUGUCUACUAUUAUUGGAAGUGAAACGAAUAAAAUUUUCAAGAAUUAUUGUGAAGUGAUCUUCCCUCGGAGUCCAACGAUAGAAGUACCACAACUCAUGCUGCUUACCCUGCCUGGCGUUCUAAUCAUGGAGAUGUUCCUGUAUUUAUGGUUGAAUUUCUAUUUUUUGGGAAUGCUAAGGGUGCAGAACUACACAGCUCUGCAAGCAACCCUGACAGGUGAUGAAGAACAGUAUAUCAGCAUAUUGUUGAAAACAAAAUAUCAACAAUUAGGCAAAAUUAAGUUUCACGAAGGGGUCGUUGGCACAACAGUCAUCUUAACUGCAUUAUUUCAAGCGAUUAUAAGUUCAACGUACACAAAUGACCGCAAACAUUUAAACAUGUUAGUUGUCCUAAAUUCUUCAGCGCCAUCUUUAAUAAGCGCAUUGCUAUUAUUUAUCAUGCCAGUUAACUUAAACUGCCUUAAAUUCUUUAAAAAUAAAGGUAAUUCGGAGCCAACACCGACAUCUCCUAGCAACGGAUGUCUCACUUGGUCCUUAGUCAAAGAUAAUAUGGAAUGGAGCGUACUCUUUGUUAUUGGUAGCAGCAAUAUGAUAUUUGAAGCAAUGAGAGAAUCGAAAAUGACAGAUGAAUUCGAGAAAUUUCUCUUGUUAUUUACAAACCUUCCGGCCCCGGUGCUGGCACUUAUAGUCAUCGUGUUCAGCAAAGUCAUGACUGAGUUUGGCAGUAACGCAUCAGUUAUUUACUGCUUGUUGAUACAUAUUGUAAAAGUGAGUGUUAAAGCGGAAGUGAACCCGCUCUAUUUAAUGAUAUGCGCUUCACUAUCUACGUCGUUACCAUUCCACCUUAUAACCGGCACCCCCUCAAAUGCCAUGGUAUCAGCUUAUGUGAAUAUACCACCACGGAAAAUGAUGAUCGCUGGCAUUGGACCAUCAAUAGUAGCAAUAUUAACAAAUUUAUUCACUGUUUGUAUUUGGUCCAAAGCGAUUUGGCCAGACAUUAGUGUAUUUCCAGACUGGGCACAUCCAAAUUAUAUUAAAGAAUUUUAA